AAAUCAAUCGAUUUAAAACAGAGAAAGGGCGACCUCUAGCUGCUGGCAUCCGAUUAGUUUUCUUUCCGCCUGGGAGCCGCCAUCUCGGUUGCUAGGGACAACCGAGUGUAAACAAACCGAAAGAAAACAGAGAGAUCCCCUCUGAGCGCGUCGGAACAAGAAGAAACGACAAAGGCUUUCUUUCAAAAUGAGCUCCCCCUCACCGAGAGAGAGGAAAACGAGGCGCUCUCCCCUGCAGGGCUCCCUGAUGAAUGAGCAGGGGGUCAAUAGAAAAGUGCCUUUCAAGAGGAACCUGCUGCAAGAAAUAAGGGCAACACUGAGUCCAGAUGAUUCUUUAAAUCCCUCGCCUCAAUCUCAAACUGCUACUAACAUCGCCUCCACGUCAAAGUCUGGAGCGGCAUCAAAACAAGGUGCUGCCCCAACUGACUUUGAGCUCAUGGCUGCCAUGAUGCAGCGAAUAACCAUGUUGGAGAACACAGUGAGGAGUCAAGUGCAGGAAAUGGACCAGAAGGAUAGACAAAUUUCUGGUUUGGAGGAGCAGCUGAGGUCUGGGGAAGAGUCAGAUUCAGAGAGUGGGCCACGCCCGAGUAGCAGAGACGAUCUUAAAAAAAGGUGCCUACUGCUGCAAAAUAAAGUCCAAGAAAUGGAGAACUUCCUCAGUGACUACGGUCUGAUGUGGGUGGGAGACGGAGAAACCAGCGACUCAGCAGAGAGCUGGCAGACUACAAGCUCAGGACUGGCUGCUGACAGGGGCUUCCAAAUGAACUUUGACCUUGUGCUGAAGAGGAUCCGGGAGCUGAACGUCCUCGCAGGGGAAGGAGAGUCGUUCGUGCAGGCGACAGGAACUGGAGCCAAGCUGGCCAAAAAAGACCCGAUUCAGCUGAAACUCUACGGGAACGGCAUCGUCAUGUUCGACGGUCCGUUCCGCUCCUACCAGGAGCGCAGUACCCAGGAGUUCAUGCAAGAUCUAAUGGAUGGCUACUUUCCAUCGGAGCUUGAGCAGAGAUUCCCAGACGGCAUGCCUUUUGAGGUUCACGACCGGCGAGACGAGGAAUUUCUGGUCAGGCUGCCGUGGGACACAUACCCUGGUGACGGACAAGCAGUUUGUGGGCAGGAAUCUACAGAUUCAUUCGGCCUUGUGGCAGGCAGGAAGCUGACCACAGACCGGUUCCUCAGCAAACUGCCGAAGAUGGUAGUGAAGGCCGGCAAUGUGAUCCACAUCAGGGGUUCCCUGAGGAGAACUCUGCAGGGUUCUUCUGAUGCAAAGAGCAGCAGCUCCGAGGUUCUCAUCGACACACCGGCGCUCCAAACAGCAAUGGCCAG